AUGUGGAUUAAAGAGGCAAUAAUUAUGCUUUUUACAAUUGUGUCACGUAAACUUAAUUUUAGUGAACCGUUUUGUAGAAGAAAUUUUACUUCCAGACCCGAGAAGAAAUGUGAAAACCAAGUCAUUCAUGAAUUUCUUCAGGAAAUUCAAUUAAAUUCGAAAUAUUGUAAUAAUUUUAUUGAUUGGGUCCCGAAUUCUGAUGUGAAUUAUAUAAAAUCACAUAAUAGAACCGAAAAUUCAGAAAUAUUUCUGGGAAUUUGGAAGCCAUUCAAAAUACAUCAUCAAUGCCUUGGAAAAUGUGCUAUACCUUUCUAUGGAUUAACAUUGUAUCCUGAAACUCGAGAUUACGCAAUGAUAAUGAAGCGUGCUGUUCAUGGUGAUUUGUGCAAAUACGUGCAUACUCAUAAGUAUAAGCUUUCAUGGACAAAAAGAAUAAAAAUACUUGUCAAUAUUGCAAAAGCUUUAGAAUACCUUCAUAGCCAAGAUUUGGUCCAUCAUGACCUUCAUUGUAAAAACAUUCUUGUUGAUGAAGAUGAUAAGAUAUUUAUUUGUGAUUUUGGGCUUUCUCAUAAUUCAAAUUCACAAUCAGAGUUAUUACAAAGAUUUAGUGAUAUGCAUAUACAAGAGAAUAUCGAAAUUGUUCAAAGAUUUAGUGAUAUGCAUAUGCAAGAGAAUGUCGAAAUUGUUCAAAGUUUUAGAUCUAAUGACGAACAAGAUACCUCAAAUGUUAUUUCUGUUGCUGAUAAUAAUCAAACAAGACAGUAUGCUAUUGACUUAUGUGAUUCUGAUAGGCAUGAACAAGAAUCAAUACAAAACAACGAAUAUACCGUUUGGCAAUCAUUAGAACUUUUAUUAGAUGAUUUUUUUCAUAGCAUGCCAACUAGAUCAUUUUUGGUAGAACAUUUAUUGCGUUCAACAUUCUUUGCCUUAUCUGGUGAUACAUCAGAUAUAUAUGACCAAGUAUCAUCUCUUUUGGAUCUAUUUAACCAUUUUGGUGCAACAGAUGAAAUCCCCAAUUUAGAUGUGCAAAACGAAGAAUUUUAG